ACGUUCAAACCCCACCAAAGACCCCUUCUUUCAGUCAGACUCUAUGACAACUUCCUCCACUCCGCUUUUCUUUUAUUGUUGCACUAAACUUGAAAUCGUUACAGUUGUGUUGCGAUACCUUUAAACCUGGGAGCAGCAGCCGUUUAGCGGUGACAGGGCUUGAGUAUAUACAGACGAUGGCAUUUUCCAAACCAAUGUGGCAAUGUGUCACUUGUGAGAAAAUAACGCGACGAUGAUGGCAUCGCGCUGCUGUACUUAAGGCGCUUUCUGUCUAACGUUACUGCAUGCAAUGGAGUCUGUGUCGACAUGGAGUUCGCCUGGCAAUUACAUUAGACUUCACUGCUUUUACUCGUCGCAAUGCUGCGGUGUUUCAUCGAUGAGGAUUUGUUAACCGCGGGGACAACGAAGACGAGCACACCGACAUCAUGUCUGAUCGGAAUUACUGGACGGUGUGUCCGAGUUAUAAAAGUCAGUUCGUUUCAGGAGGUUUAGUCAAACGACCCAAGAGUAACCGGAACAAGAGGAAGAGUUUGGCUCCCUCACCUACUCUAUCAAGACCGCUCUCACCCCUUCCUUUGCCAACUGGCAGCAGUCCGUUGGACAGUCCCAGAAAUGUCUCCAGCAGUCCUUCGGUCAAUUUUCCAUUCAUACGUAGACCAGACACACGAAGGUGGUCUGUGGCAUCUGUCUCCUCUGGAUAUGGAACCAAUCCACCCAGUUCUGCCGUUUCAGUGAGUGGACCAGACACACGAAGGUGGUCUGUGGCAUCUGUCUCCUCUGGAUAUGGAACCAAUCCACCCAGUUCUGCCGUUUCAUCUUCCUCCUCCUCACAGGAGCUCCUGCACCAGCUGCCCUCUCAGCCCACCCCAGAUGACCUCCAUCGCCUCUUCAAGCAUUUCAGGAGCUCAGAGAGUGUGGCAGAUGAGGAUGGACAGCCCUCGCCUUUCCGUCCUCGCUCACGGAGCCUUAGCCCUGGGCGGACAUGUGGCUCUUUUGAUAACGAGAUUGUGAUGAUGAAUCACGUCUACAAAGAACGGUUUCCAAAGGCUACGGCUCAGAUGGAGGGGCGUUUGCUGGCAGUGAUUGCAGACUACUCCCCAGACAGCGCUCCUCCUCUUGCUGAUGGAGUGCUGGGCUUCAUUCAACACCAGCUGGUUGAGCUCGUCCGAGACUGUCUGGAGAAGUCCAGAAAGGGGCUCAUCACAACCAGCUACUUUGUGGAACUUCAGGAAAAAUUAGAAAAUUUCCUACAUGAGGCAUAUGAGCGCUCUGAGAGUGAGGAAGUGACUGUAAUUGCCAAACUCGUGAAGAAGAUUCUAAUCAUUAUUUCCAGACCAGCAAGACUACUGGAGUGUCUGGAGUUUGACCCUGAGGAGUUUUAUCAGCGUCUUGAAGUUGCAGAAGACCAUGCAAAAAUUGGCCAGGGCAUCAAGACUGAUAUCCCCCGAUACAUCAUCAGCCAAUUGGGUCUCACCCGAGACCCCCUGGAGGACAUGGUACAGCUUGAGCACAACAACUCAGGCAGCCCAAGCAGAGAACUGGGUGACACUGCAGAGAAUCGUCUUGGAACCACAACGCCUCGAAGAAAACCUCUGGAAAGAGACUUAAUACAAUACACUCUACUUCAGUGUAUAUUCAAUCAUCCAAGUCCGAGGCCGAGAGCAUCAUCCAGUUCCUCUCAGCCUGAGAGGGGCACUAGUCCUCUAAUUUUGAACAGCACUCAGAGCCUUGAGGCUAUGCCACACUUUGCUUUUCCUGAGGAUGAGGAAGGUCUUGUCUCAAAUCUCCGGCGAAUUCGUCUGCGCAGUAACUCCACUGGAACAAGACCUACUAAUCGCAGGGACCACAAGGGUCCGCGUCGCCUCGGGCUCCAGCAGGAGACCCCAGAGAAGCCACGCUCACCAUUUACAUGCAAAGUCCCCAAGUCUGCAUCCGUGUCUGGCCUUUCCCUCAUCGUCACAGCAGAUGACAUCCCUGGUGGGCUCCAGACAAGCCCCAUGUCUUCACACUCCCUCUCAUCCAAUCCUUCGUCUCGGGAUUCUUCCCCCAACCGAGACCUCUCUCUCAGCGUAAGCAGUCUUCGUCCUCCUGUGGUCAUCCACAGCUCUGGGAGGAAGUACGGCUUUGCGCUCCGUGCCAUUCGGGUCUACAUGGGCGACACUGAUGUCUACACGGUGCACCACAUGGUCUGGAGCGUUGAAGACAGCAGUCCUGCUCACGAGGCCGGGCUGAGGGCUGGUGACCUCAUCACUCACGUGAAUGGAGAGUGUAUCCAGGGUCUGGUGCACACCGAUGUGGUGGAGCUUCUGCUGAAGAGUGGCAGUAAAGUGACUCUGCAGACGACUCCUCUUGAGAAUACAUCCAUUAAAAUAGGGCCUGCGAGAAAGACCAGCUCAAAGGGGAAGAUGGCACGACGCAGUAAAAAGAGUAAAAGGAAAGAGGGUCAAGACAGCAAACGGCGAAACCUUUUGAAGAAGCUGCCCAAACACAGUCCGGGGAUUCAGAACAGUCGCAGUUUCUCAGCGGGUUUUCAGCACUCACCUAACGACAGCCUGUCUGACUCUCCAACGCCGAGCCUGUCUCCUGGGCCCAACACCCCGUGCAGAAGCCCAGCUCCAGACCUGUCAUGUGAUUCAAACUCUCCACAGAGUUCUUCACCCUGCUCAAGCUCUCCGAAUUCACCCAUCCCUCAAAGUCGACCAAGUUCCCUUCACGUUUUGGGAUCCAAGAUUGGCCUCCGCUAUAGCAAAGCAGGCCGCUGCAAGUCCACCAACAGUAUUCCCCCCUCUCCCCUCGCCUGCAAUCCCUCCUCACAGCCUCUGUCUCCACAGUGUUCUCCAUCUUCCCUCACCGGAGUUCCUAAAAGCCUCCACUCGUUUCAUAAUAAGAUGAUGUCCCCGCCGACCAUCGUGAGACAGACGGUGUGUCCCCGCAGUGCAGAAUCACCUCGUUCGCCACUGCUGAACAGGGUUCAUUCAUCUGAGAGGCCCUCCGGUGCCCAACAUGGAGACAAAAAGGCCUUCUCCACUCGAAGACACACUGUGGAAGUUCCCCAGAGUGAAGCUGAGGGACUCGAGUCACAAACUAGUGACAUUGCCUCAGGUUUUGUGUGUGUCGGUGACCAUGCUAGGCAAGGGUUGUACCUGGCUGGCCAACGAGCAAGGGACUCCGGCGGUGCGGUUAUGAGGAAGCUAAACUUGUCUGAGAGACGAGAUUCAUUUAAGAAGCAGGAAGCUGUUCAGGAGGUCAGCUUUGAUGACUCUGAUGACAAGGAGGUCACAACAUCUACACCAGUGCCAUCUCAUCCACGUUUCAAAGCGGCAUGGAUCGGCACAACACAGGCAGAGGGAAGCUCUGAGACUUCAGCGAGGAAAACCGACAAGCUUGGAUCCAAGCUAAAAGAACAGAAUAAACCAGAGGAUGGCUGUUAGCCUUCGAUAAGUCCAAAAAACUGUGAGACUCAGAUGUACGGGUGCUUCCAUUAUCAUUAAAAUCAUAAUCAGAGAAAAGACAGGACUAGGGAGUCUUUGUUUAGUGUCAUUUUCGUAAGUUAGAAGUCAUUCACCUACCAAACUGUCUUUUAAAUUGAUAGUUUUCUAUAAAUGAAAAUUCUGUCAACAUUUUUUCAGCCUCAUAUUGUUGUAAACUUUCUUUCGUCUGUAGAACAUAAAAAUGCCUGUGUUUGUUUUGGACCCCAUUGACUUUCAUUGUAUGGACAAAAGCCAUCUUAAAGGGAUAGUUCA